UUCGUAGUCGACAGCCAUCAUGCCGCCUAAAAAGGAUACAAAAGGAUCUUCAAAACAACCACAAAAAACACAAAAGAAAAAAGAGGGAGGAUCUGGUGGCAAAGCUAAGAAAAAGAAGUGGUCCAAAGGAAAAGUACGUGACAAGUUAAACAAUCAAGUAUUGUUUGAUAAAAGCACAUAUGAAAAAUUGCUGAAGGAAGUACCACAAUAUAAAUUGAUCACACCAUCCAUUGUUAGUGAAAGGUUAAAAAUUCGUGGAUCACUUGCAAGGAGAGCAUUGAUUGAAUUGCAACAAAAGGGACUUAUUAAACAAGUUGUACAGCAUCAUGCACAGUUAAUUUACACACGUACUACUAAGGGUGACGAUCCAGCUGCGUAAUUUGUUUUUACGCAAUGUAUAAUACCAUUUAAUAAAAAACAUCAUAUAAAUAUAAA